GGAAAGGGGGCAGCGGAGCAGGCCGCGGAAGAGAGAGAGAGAGAGAGAGAAGGGAGAGAGCAGCGGCGGUGAUGGGGAAGGAGCCGACAGACGAGCAGGUGGCGUCGAUGAAGGAGGCCUUCAACUUGUUCGACACCGACGGCGAUGGUCGGAUCGCGCCGUCGGAGCUGGGCAUCCUGAUGCGCUCCCUGGGCGGCAACCCCACCCAGGCGCAGCUCAAGGAUAUCGCCGCCACCGAGGGCCUCAACGACCCCUUCGACUUCCCCAGAUUCCUGGAUCUCAUGCGCAAGCACCUCCGCCCCGAGCCCUUCGACCGCCUGCUCCGCGAUGCCUUCCGCGUCCUCGACAAGGAUUCCACCGGCAAAGUCGCCGUCGCCGACCUGCGCCACGUCCUCACCAGCAUCGGCGAGAAACUCGAUCCCGCCGAGUUUGAUGAGUGGAUCCGCGAGGUGGAGGUGGGACCCGAGGGUACCAUCCAAUACGAGGACUUCAUCCUUCGCAUGGUCGCCAAGUGAUCCCUUCGUUUCCGGCGGCGUGUGAACUAGACUUUCCUUCCAAGCAAGAUCGUUCCUUCCAAGCGACAAGCGUGAUCGUUCGACGAACAGGUCACGACCGAUGGUUGUAUCGAGUGAGUUGUGUUACCUUUUCUCCAGUGUUAUGUCGGACUCGGUCAUUUACAUUAGCUUGAUUAGCAUUUUGUCUUAGUGUUUCGAUUGUUACCAUAAAACUUAUCGUGUGGCAUUCUCUAAUGCUAUUUUGUUUGUAAUGAAUUUGGCAUUUGCAAAGUAUCGUAGCCGAACACAAUUUCGA